AUGAACGGUGAUUUAUCGCUGCAAGGUACCACAAAUAAGAUAUCUCAUAAUUUGCGAAAAGAGGUAUUAAUCCGGGAAGCUCGUCUACCUCGGAAAUAUCGAGUCUGCGACAACGUCGAUUUGGAAAUUAUUCUUACAGAAUAUGAAAAUUAUUACAAGAUGAAAUUCCAAAAAUAUCCUAUAUUGUGCAAGAAAAUAACUGAAAAGGAAAUAAAGACGAGGGAAAUGACAAAUGCGAACAAAGUCAAAGAAACGAGAAGUGAGUCUGUGAAAGGGAGGAAUGUACAACAGAAGAUGACGGGUGACGCUACGGAUGAUAUUAAUCUCGCAAUGACAGUGACACCAAUUUUCGCCAAUGAAAGCGAUGGAGCUUCAUCAGAAGAGCUAUUUAACGUCUCAAUGGAACAAUCCACGCAAUCAAAGAUAUCGAAACGGGCUCGGAAGCUUUAUAUAGACAAUCCGGAAUUGCGGAAGAUUGCUGAAGACAUUUCAUGCGAAAUCAUACUGACAAAAUUAAAUGUAUAUUGGGACAACAUUGUAGGCCUAGAGGAAUGUAAAUCUGCUAUUAAGGAGGCCAUUGUGUAUCCCCUUAAGUACCCUAUCUUUUUUAAUGGCCCAUUUUCUCCUUGGAAAGGUAUUCUGCUAUACGGACCACCUGGUACAGGGAAGACGAUGUUGGCGAAGGCAGUCGCAACAGAAUGCCAAUGCACCUUUUUUAACAUAACGGCCAGCUCAUUGGUGAGCAAAUGGAGAGGCGAUUCCGAGAAGUAUAUCCGUGUUUUAUUUGAACUUGCCUAUAAUUAUUCGCCUACAAUUAUUUUUAUCGACGAGAUUGACUGGAUAGGCACAAAUAAAGGAGUAAACUGUACAUUGUCUGAACCUGCAAAGAGAUUCAGAUCAGAACUUCUUUCUAGAUUGGAUGGAUUAGUAUCUAACGAAAAUUCUAAUGUAGUUCUUUUGGCUGCAACUAAUUGCCCUUGGGACAUUGAUGCAGCUUUACAGAGACGCCUCGAAAAGAAAAUAUACGUAUCAUUACCAAAUGAAGUUACUCGACUCGAUAUGUUCAAAUUAUACCUUAGCAACCAGUUAUUAGAGAAUAUGGAUAUUGUAAACCACAUAAUAAAAUCUACUGAAAAAUAUUCUUGCGCGGAUAUAAAAUUGCUUUGUAAGCAAGCAUGGCUGCUAGAAAUAAGUCCAAUGUGGGAAAAACUUGAAAAAAAAGAAACAUCUGUUACGACUUUGAAAUAUGAAUUAAAGAAUUAUGAAAUAAUAGCAAAAUUGUUAAAAACAAUGUCACCUACAGUCACGGAUGUGGAUAGAUAUAAAGCGUGGAAUAAAUAUGUAUGCCAUAAGAACAUAUUUUAAAAAAUAUAAAUGGUUAUCAUAAUAUAUAUCAUUAAUAUAAUUAUCGUUCGAAAAAUUGUUCAUGUGCGUGCAUGUAUGUGUGCGCACGGGCUAUAAACAAGUUUGAAAUAUUCGUUCUACAUAUAUACGUGGUAUACAUAUUCCCUUAUAAUAUAUAAUAUGUGUAAUCUGAGUGGUAAUAUAUCCACGUAUUACAUAUGUGUUAGUGUAUUUUAUCGAUAAUCUGUCUUUUAUUUCCUCUUAUCUUAUUAACGCAUGUAUGGGCGCGUAUAUGCGCCGGGCGAAAGCUAUGGGUGUAGACUCAGAACACAUAUAUGCGUUUUUUGCAAGUAUUCCGCAUGGCCUAAGGACAGAUAUACGCGUUUGUCGAUUUUUCCGAUCAAGUAGAAGUAAUACUAUUACAUUUAUGUGAGAUAAAUAUGAAUGUAUUCCUUAGUAACGGCAGUAAGCAAAUGCCAAUAAUGUCUCGUUAUAAUUGUCUACCUGUUUCGAGGACAGUCGCAUCUAAUUAUCGAGAAGAAAAUGUGUUGUUUGUGUGAAAAAUAAGAGAAUGCAGAAAAUGCGAUGUCGGAUUAUGUAUCGAUAAUUGUCUUGAAAUUUUUCUCAUACAACUGAAUUAUUAGCCAAAUUCUGUUGUAAAUUCUAAAUGUUUAUUGUAAAUUUCAAUGUUUAAAAUAAAUAAUCAAUACUAAAAAAUAA